UUCUGUACCUCCCGCCUUCUGUUUCAGGGGCUUUCCCAGCAUUUUGAUCAAAGUAUUGAGUAUGGUGGAGAAGAAGCUGGCACAAAAUGAUGCUCUCCGAUGAUCUGACGGGGACCCGACAUCGUUGCUAAGGUUUCCUCCUCUCCCUCGUCUCGCCGAUCGUAUCGCUGAACUUUAGGAUAGCAUAAUUCGAGGAUUCUGCAACAUCAUUACAUCCCGCGUCGUCAUCGAGGUGAGCAGAAUCGGAAUCGUUACACGUAUCCCUCUCUGAAAGCCGUUCCUCGCCGUCCCGAGGAGCUACCUUCUGGAGGCGUUCUCUUGCCUCUUGCCCAUGGAAACGCUCGCGUCGUCCUCUCCGCGCCGACACAGCUGACAACAACAAAAAGAGCAAAACGUCUGGUCAUUCGGUGAUUUUGACACCGUCAUCUAGCUUAAGCCGGUCAAAAUUAGGAAGUCCCGAGAGACAUGGCCUCCAAACGCCUGGUUGUUGAACUUUACUAUGAUGUAGUCUCGCCGUAUUCCUACUUCUGUUUCGAGGCACUGACCCGCUACAGACAGCCGUGGGACAUGGACCUCAGGCUGAAACCUUUCCAUUUGGGCGGCAUCAUGAAAGCGGCCAACAACAAACCACCGGGCAUGGUACCAAACAAAGCUCGUUACAUGCUCAAGGAUCUUAGCCGUCUCUCCAAGUACUACGAUGUGCCUUUCAAGAUACCCGAAGAAUUCAUGGAAUGGGUUUUGACCAGAACGACCCUCAGCGCGCAGCGUUUCUUAUGCGCGCUCCAGCUCCACGGACCGGAUCACGUAGAAGCAGUGUCGAGGGCAUUCUACCAGCGACUAUUCGGGGAAAACAAGGAGAUAAUGUCGCUUGAGUGCAUUCCCGAAGUCGCGAAGGCCGCCAAUCUAACUCAAGACUUGAUUGACAAAUGCCUCAAAGCGAUAGAAUCUGACGACGUGAAGGACCUGGUGAAGAAACACACGGAUGAAGCACUCGACAUGAACGCAUUCGGAGCUCCGACCAUCGUAGCUCACAUAUCCGGGAAGAAAGAAAUGUACUUUGGUCAAGACAGGCUCUAUUUGUUGGCACACGAAGCGGGGAAACCGUGGCUCGGCCCCCUCACGCAAGCGAAGCAUUGAUUUCGAUGCUGCUUUCUAUUAGCUUCUAGUUGCCACCGAUCGAGUCAAUAGGCUCUGAAUAAAGAAUCCGUCAAGUGACUU